AAAUUAGAAAAGGAAGCAUACCGUCUUGCAAAAAUGGCAACUUCUGGGAUAUUUCUUGACCCGUCUCAAAAUCCGAUGUACGUCCUCAAGGAAAUGAAAUCUAUCCGGGAGAAGUUCUUCUCCAUCCAGAUCCAGCUCCAGGAGGCGAGCACAUGGCGGACGGCGAUCUGCGGCGAGCCGUAUAACCUCAAGUUCCUCAACGAGAUGACUGUGCGCAUGGACGUGCGGCAGGAGCUGUGGAAGUACGUCGACGUCACCACGCAUGCAAUCAAGGACUGGAAACAAAUGCUCUUCAGAAAGAUAAACACACGCAAGGCUCUGGAGAAGAUCAUGGAGUGGCAGGCUGCGGCAGCCCAGUUAAAGCCGCAUCUGCCGUACGCGGACCCCGUCCUCACCACGUGGGUGAUCGCCAUGCAGGAGUUCAAGAGUGAGCUGCCUCUCCUACACAAACUGACACACGACGCCAUCAAG